AUGCAGUCAGACGAUCGAUCUAUGCAUACGUUCGUUGGAAGAAUCAGCAACGGCACCACCGAUAUUGGUUUUGGCCCCGAGUUGCCAGAGGAUGCUUAUGGCCCAGAGGCCGCAAAUGGUGGUUAUGGCCCUGAGCGCAUUGCAUACGCUGCAUUCCAUGACGCAGCUAGCACCUUCGCUGGCGCCGAAGCAUUCAUGCACAACAUCGUAGAAGCGAUGACCGUGUACAUGCGCCUGCAUGACAAGGCGAACUUCAGCACACCAGUCAAGGGGAGAGUCUUGAACGAAACGACAUGCGUGCACAUCGCGUGGCCCUGGGUGACGUACUCGACGAUCAUCGUGGUUUUGCUGAUCUUCUUCUUCUUCUUCGGUGCCAUGAUCUGGCAAGGUCGGGCAGCACAGGCAGCCUUGCGAAAAGAGUGGGGUUCGGACAACAACUGCACGUUUGACUUCAAAUCCUCUUGGGUUUCUUUUCCACGGUUUGGAUCGAGACUCUCGAGCAACAUUCAGUCGGUGUAG